AGCCCCGAACAUAACUUUUGAAGGCAAAGCAAUACAGCCUCUUCAAAACAUUAGCACAUAUCAUAAUACAUUGCGUAAUAAAUAUUUUAUUCGUAUUCAUUUGCAGCAAACGCGUCGUCACGCGUGACGUCACGCAAACGGUGACGGCGAGCUUGCCUCACGUCAACUUUAAGUAGGAGGAUUAGCACGUUUGAAAUAAACGUCUUAAAACGCAUGAAGCGUUGCCCCGAAGCUCAGUUUCUCUCUCCGGUCUGCAAUGACAUCAUCUUUGUUUUGGACACACUGCUAGGAUAGAUUGAAAUGUUUUAGCCGAGAAUUUGAGCCCAUUUAAAAAAAGAAUUUAUAAAGCUUCUAUAGAUUCACAUAAGUGACAUCCCGGAAACGGACAAAAUAAAAGCAGCGUCACGUCGUUUUACGUCGUUGCGAUUAUCUGCACAAAAUCGUGUUAUUAAAUGUAAACCGGCCUCUCGAAGCAACAAUGUCACGCAAAAUGGACAACAACGGCUUGCCGUUCUUGCCGGGCUUCUCUUUCCAGGAUGUAACGAAAUCAGCCUUCCAUCGCCCUCAGACUUUGUCCUAUUUCAGAGGCCUGGCAUUGGCCCAUCCGCCCAGGCUGGGCAUCGGACUGGAGCCUCUAUUAACAGAGCAGAUGAUGCAAGAGGAGCUCAGCGGCAUGUCCGGUGACAUGCCCGACUUCACUUACGGCUCCUUUGACACCAAGUAUGUAAAAGACUUGGUCAAUUUGUCCUACCACUCGGCUCCCUCGCCCACCCACCCGGAAACUCAGCCUUUCAUCCCAGCUUUUGUUACUCUUGACAAGAAGGUGCUUUGCUUCAAAGCGUACUUUGAGGAGGAAAUCAAAAACAGUCGCGAAGAGAAGAAAUGCGUCCGUCAUGUGGUUUUGUACUACUACCUCGAGGACGACACCAUUAGCAUCUCUGAGCCUUGGGUGCCCAAUUCCGGGAUACUGCAGGGAGAGCGAAUCAAACGCCACCGUCUGCCCAAGAGGGAACCCGGGAAGCAUUACCACUGGAAGGACCUCAACCUGGCCGUGGACCUGGAAGUGUACGGUGUGAAGUACCGUAUCUCGCAGUGCGACCCGUUCACCAAGGACUUUAUGCAACGUCAGGGUAUUAUUCUCAACGCGCCUGAGGAAAUGCCAUUGGAUACUUACCUCCAGGGCAGAAUUAAACCAACGCCAACCUUCACGACGCCCUCAGAGUUUGACAGCAGGUACCAGUUUCUCCACAUGGAUCGCAAGGUUUUGCGUUUCUUUGCCUUGUGGGAUGAUUCGAAAUCCGAGCUGGGCGAAGUCUUGCCCGUUACCAUCCACUAUUUUUUGGUGGAUGACACGGUGGAGAUCAAGGAGGACCAUAAACCCAACAGCGGCCGUUUUCUUUUCCCGGUGCUGAUGCAGCGGCUGAGGAUACCCAAGAAAAUGAAAGCGGGUCACGAUCAAUUCCCGACCUGCGUUAUGGAAGAUUCGGUGGAGGAAGUAGAAGAGUACUUCUCCCCCAAAGACUUCCAGGUUGGCAAAUCGGUGACGAUCCUUGGACGCCGUUUCCUACUGUACGACUGCGAUGGGUUCACCAAAGACUAUUACCAUGACAACCACCCUGAGAUGAACAUCAAAAGCAUCGAAGUACCCAGAAAGUUGGGCAAGUUUGAGGGCAUGAAGAGGGAGAUUCCUCCCUACAAUGGUUUUGGGUCAUUGGAAGAUUCUCUCCAGAGUUGUUUAUCUCUGAUCCCUCUACCUCCCAGAAAGAACAUUGUAAAGAUGUUGGAGAACGAUCACAAAGUGUUACGCUACAGCACCCGAUUGGUGCCACCUAAGAACGCGUCAGAGUCGCAGAAGCGCAGAGACGCCGAUCGACUUUUUAUUUUGUCCUUUUACCUGUCGGACGACACCGUCAGUAUUUACGAGAAUUCCAAACACAAUUCGGGUUUCAUGGGCGGAACGUUCCUGAAAAGGACACGAGUUCCCAAGCCCGACACUUCUGUGGACAAUCCCGAUUAUUACUCGCCGGCGGAUUUCUCAAUUGGAUCGGUUCUGGAUGUUUUUGGCCACCAGUUCAUCCUGACAGACGCUGACCUUUACGUCCUAAACUACCUGGAGACCAAUUCCAGCCAGAUUCCCUCGGAGACACUUGAAACCAUCCGCCAGAAGCUGCAAGCCGAAACCAAUCAGACGGCAGAACGAAAAGAGCCGCCCUCGUGAUGUCACAGCAACUUUGUGCUUAGAACCAGAACUGAAGAAAUGGAAGUGCUUCCUAACAAAACACGUUGAUUUGUAGAUAAGUAUUUUAUCUUAUAUGUAAUGUUUGCUGAGUGCCUACGUUUUAAUGCUUUUCUUUUUUUUUUAUAUAAAGGGGUUCACUAAAACUAUGGUCAAAUUUUAACGAAGCAAAAUAAGUUGACAGAUUUAAAAUGUUGCAAGUCUUGCAUAUGUAUAGAGAUCAUAGCUAUUUCUUGCCAUGUAACAAAGUAUCGAGAAUGGCUUUGUGGUCUGCGGUGAUUGCUAGGCAUAAAAAUUUCAAGUCAAAUAUUUCAUAGACAAAAAAAUGAUUUUUUUUUUUUUAUCAGAAAAUGUCAUUAUUCAUCAUUGAACACAUUUCAUGGAAUGGCAUGCGGUAAAGUACAUUAUAAUGUGCGUAAUGGAAGUGACAAAGACAUGAUUUCAUUGGGAAGACUUUUGUACUGGUUGGCCAAAGUCCCUCCCUUCCCCUUAUCCUACUGAUAUAAUUUAACAUCAAGGCUGUCUUACAGUAAACUUUUAUCGUUAUGUUAUCAUCUGUAACAUUUUGUUGUUUUCGCUACUCUCAAUGGACCAGACUGGAAAAGAAGCAAAGCUGGCUCAAUGGCAAUCAGACGAGCAAAUACAGUACUUGGUAACGACGAUUACAUGAACACAUUCAAAAGUUGCUACACAGUAACAUGUGCUACAUACUGUGUUUGUACACUUGUGGCAUUUUGCACUCCUUAAUAUGGAAAAGCAGGUCAUGUGGAUGUAU